AGUUCGGUUUUAAUGGGGUUUCGACAGUUGUUACAUGGUAAUCUAAGAUACGCGACUCAGCCGUACAUUUCCGUUUAGAAAGGCCUAAGGCGUGCGCGCGUUUGUGGGUGUGUGUGUGUGUGCGUGCGCGUUUACGAGCGCUGAGCUUGUGAUAGCUGUAACGUUGCAUAAUAAAAGUACAGGAACUGAAGAGGCUUUUCAUAACUCGAGUCUGUGACUACGUGACUUGCUGGUAGCACUGCAUACCAGAUAUACUAUAAAGCCAACAGGAGCUCAGUGAAUCUGCAGAGCAGCAGAAGGCUCACUGUGCACAUUUCCGAUUAGUCUACUGACAAACAACCAGGAUCAGAUCAACUCACAGGACCAUGGCGGCAGCAUUAACUUCACACCUGACUCCUUUUAGAAAAUGUAGCAGGCUGUUUUUCUCACUGAAUUCCCAUUUCCACGCCAGCAGUGGACUGUCCGCUAAAGAACAUUAUAAGAUUGUGGUGCUUGGUGGGGGAAGCGGUGGUAUAACGAUGGGUGCCCGCAUGAAAAGAAAAGUUGGCGCCGAGCAGGUGGCUAUUGUGGAACCCAGUGAGAUGCAUUAUUACCAGCCCAUAUGGACACUGGUUGGGGCAGGGGCUAAAAAAGUCAGUACAUCUGGACGACCCACUGCCAGUGUGAUGCCCUCUGGAGUCAAAUGGAUCAAGUCCAAGGUCAUGAAGAUUGAUCCCAAAAACAACACUGUCUUUACAGAGUCUGGCAAAGAAAUUUCUUACGACUACCUGAUUGUAGCACUUGGCCUUCAGUUGCACUACGAGAAGAUUAAAGGACUUCCAGAAGCUUUCGAACAUCCAAAAAUUGGCUCAAACUAUUCAUUGCAGACAGUGGAGAAGACCUGGGUGGCAUUACAGAACUUUAAGGAAGGAAAUGCAAUUUUUACUUACCCCAACACUCCUAUAAAGUGUGGAGGGGCUCCUCAGAAGAUUAUGUACCUCUCCGAUGCCUACUUGAGAAAGACAGGAAAGAGGUCAAAAGCCAACAUUAUUUACAACACAUCACUACCAGCGUUGUUUGGAGUGAAGAAAUAUGCAGACUCACUCUGGGAAAUUGUGAAAAGUCGUGACCUGAAUGUGAACCUCAGACACAACCUCAUAGAGGUCCGAGCAGAUAAGCGGGAGGCCGUAUUUGAGAAUCUGGACAAACCCGGGGAAGCAAAAGUUUUUGAGUUUGAGAUGCUCCAUGUUACCCCUCCUAUGGGACCACCUGCUGUGCUAAAAGGCUCCACGUUAGAGGAUGAGGCUGGAUGGCUGGAUGUAAAUAAAGAUACCCUUCAGCACAAGACGUACUCUAAUGUGUUCGGAAUUGGAGACUGUACCAAUCUUCCAACUUCUAAAACUGCAGCUGCUGUGGCUGCUCAGUCUGGUGUACUUGACAGAACGAUAACCAAAGUGUUCAAGAAUGAGAAGCCUGAUAAAAAGUAUGAUGGCUACACUUCUUGUCCACUGGUCACAAGUUACAAUACAGUAAUUUUGGCAGAGUUCGACUACAAUUCACAACCACUGGAGACCUUCCCUAUAGAUCAGAGCAAAGAAAGCAGAAUCAUGUACCAUAUGAAAGCUGACCUAAUGCCUCAUCUCUACUGGUAUGGUCUUCUGAAGGGAUUUUGGGGAGGCCCAGGACCAUACCGAAAAAUCAUGCAUCUUGGAAUGAAAUAGACUGCCAGAAUUUUUCAACAUUAUGCAACUGUGUAUAUAUAAAUUGUCAGUCCAUAAUAUUUUACUUUAAUCAAAACAUUUUAGAUUAAAUAAUUUUUUUUUACUAACUCAGUAUGCUCCUGUAUUUUAGGGAUUGCUACAGUGGAUCAUUCUGGUCUACAUACUUAUUCUGGCAGUUUUUAUGCCAAAUACCCUUUAUGAUGCAACCCACCUUAACAUGCUUAACGUCACUGCAAUCAAACUUGGAUGUGUUUAGACUUGCCACUUUGCUUAAAAAUGCGUCAGUGAAAAGUCCAACAUUUGACGACAACCUUCUUUAUUGAGCAAUUGCUAAAAUUUUUGGUAUUUCACAUGGCAUAAUGGCAGCUAAUUUAUUUACAGUGCAUAAUACAUUUUAAAAAAGACCAAGAACACAAAGAAGUUAUGCAUAAAUAAAAUGCAGUGAAGUAGCUAAAACAAGCAGUUUAUGCCUCAAACCCCAGCAGUGUGUCUAAAAGUUUUUACAACAGUGUGAAAGACUAACAUCGGACUAUAAAAAGUGUGUGGAUGAAUUUAGCUAAUUAGUGGCAUGGGAAAGUUGUUGUUAGGCUAAGAAGACAAGUACAUAUUUUACAGGGUUUUUGUAUGUAGGUGUUCAGUUUCCUUAAACAAAUCAAAUAUUUUACUGUUUUUAAGUUACAUUACUGUUGUAUAAUUGUUUGUUUUAUUGUCUAAAAUCAUUCAAAGCAUUGCUGUACAAUAAUAAGACAGUAGAUGGUAGCUCUGGAGUAUGGGUUAGCUCCAUCACACUUGCGAGUUAGUUUUAGAGCUGACCUUGCAUGUGCAGACGUGUUUUUUGGUAAUAAAGACGUUCCAACAAUGUU